AUGGGACGGUUUCACUAUCUACUCGGUUUGCUAUUAUUAUUUAUUUGCUCAUUUCUCUGGAUUGCAUCAAACCUGGCAAAACAACCACCAAGCAUUGUUCUUACUCAUGGAUCAUGUGUCUGCAACGAAGACAAUGUUACCGCCGCCUCAGAUGCCGCAAUCAUACCCUCGCAUCGACCGGAACCUCCUAUUAAGGAGAUGAAACCGAUAUCAAAACCGAAAAUACCAAGCUACCUCCCAAUCACAAACUCCCACGAUCACCACACACAGUCCUCAAUCCCAUUCAAGCUUUGGCAAAAGGCCGGUUCACAGAAAAUCAACGAAGCCCGCCAGAAAGACAUCCAUAGUUGGCUAAACGUGAACCCACGUCUACGACAUGAGAUCCUCACAGACGACAGUGCAGACGAAUACGCUCGUGAACAUUUUGCCGAAUACCCAGACGUCCUGAACCACUAUCUCUCUCUACCGGUACCGAUUCUGAAAGCCGACCUGCUUCGCCAAUUGAUUUUGUACAUCGACGGAGGAAUUUGGAGCGAUCUUGACGUGACAUGUCACCGCCCAAUUUCUACCUGGAUCCCGGAACAAUACCAAAACAAAACAAAUGUCGUUGUCGGGUUGGAAUUCGACGGGUUCCAGUUCGCAAGUUGGACGAUCAUGACAAAACCCAAAACAAGCCAUAUUGUGGCCGUUAUCAAAUACAUCAUCGAUAAAUUGAAGGCGACUGCUGCACAGCACCAUGUGACAACUGCCGAACUUAACAUGACGAUGAUCAACGAUGUGGUGGAACUUACGGGUCCACAGGCGAUGACUGUCGCCAUAUUGCAGAACCUGCAAAAAGAAAUGGGCAUUCCUGUCGGCCGAGCGAAUAUAACGAAUAUCAAAGAACCCACCCUAUUUCAGGACGUGCUUGUGCUGCCGAAUGCGGCCUUUGCCUCUAGACAGGGUGGUUACCCGGAGGAUAGAGGGCCUUAUCUUGUUGAACAUCAUUACGCUGGCUCCUGGAAGAAUGCCAAUGGUGGUGAGACGAAAUCGUGA